UGAUUCCCGUUCUUAUUAAGAAACUUUUCUUUUUUUUUUGAAAAAUUCAGAAGGUGUUUCCGUGCGGAAGACCCGACUAAUCUUACGGACACGCGGAAUAUCAAAAGAAGGAGAAAAGGAUCAGUAUAAAUGGAGGAAACGAUAUUUGGAUGAUGACUAUUCAACGAUAUUCUCUAGUUUUUUGUGCUAUUUUUGCAACAUGUUGGACUGCUUCAGUGGUUAAUAAUAAACAGGUAAUAGAUACAUCUGUACCACAAACCGAAACGACACUGAAUGAUGCUGAUUUCCAUAGUGAUUUACACCAGAGAUACGAUUUGCAGACUCUUGGAAUAAAAGUAAAAGACGAUCCAACUAUUGGAAACUACAGUGAGGGAGAUAUUUUGUUGGAAAGCCCUAAGAAAUUUGUGGAGGAGAACAAUAAGUUGGGACGAAAUGCGAUUAAACAAAUAUACAGACGUUGGCCAAAUAACGAGAUUCCAUACACCCUGUCUUCACAAUACGGUUCCUAUGCAAGAAGUGUGAUUGCCAACGCAAUGAACGAAUAUCAUACAAAAACAUGUGUCAAAUUCGUUGCCAGAGAUCCAUCGAAGCAUCACGAUUAUCUAUGGAUUCAUCCAGACGAAGGAUGUUACAGUUUGGUUGGAAAAACCGGAGGAAAGCAGCCAGUGUCUUUGGAUUCUGGAUGUAUUCAAGUUGGAACAAUUGUUCACGAGCUGAUGCAUGCUGUUGGGUUCUUCCAUGAGCAGAGCAGACAAGACCGUGACAGUUAUAUCGACGUAGUCUGGCAGAAUGUGAUGAACGGCGCUGAUGAUCAAUUUGAGAAAUACAACUUGAAUGUGAUUUCCCAUUUGGAUGAACCAUAUGACUACGCUUCCAUUAUGCAUUACGGACCAUACGCAUUCAGUGGAUCCGGAAAGAAGACAUUGGUGCCAAAGAAGUCUGGGUCCGAACGUAUGGGUCAGCGUGUCAAGUUUUCUGACAUUGACGUUAGAAAGAUCAAUAAGCUAUACAAUUGUCCAGGAGUCUCCGGUAACAAUAAUAAUAACAACAACAAUCAAAUCAACUCAAAUUCAAUUGUCAAUCAUCCUCAGGUUUGAGCACACCUACCCAUCAUCAAUCUCUUUUAUCAUUUCUAUCAUACUAAUGCCGGUAGCGUUAAAGCGCUUUUGCUGUGUAUCCUUAGUUUUUGUGUGCAGUGCGUGUGAUUCACCAUUGUCUUCGCACUCGCACUUAUUACAGUACCCCGUUCAUUUCAUAUGACGGACGUUACUGUAUUUUCGCAACUGUACUCCGAUGUUAUUUGGCUCCGCCUACUCUCUGAAAACCAAUAAGUAUCGUAGUGCAAAAAAUAUAUCUCUUUCCACACAAAACAAAAAAUUUUUCAGUCGCGAUACGCGGGAUUGCCUCUAUCAACAUCUAACCAAGUAACUAACAAUCGUCGGAUGAUUCGAAUUUUUGGUUAACUUAUGUGUUCUUGUGUGUCUUUUUCAGUUUCUCUGUGUGUGUUUUAACGGGAUUUGAUCUCUCUUCUCAAGUUGCUUUUUGCCAAUUCUUAUUUGGUUCUGUAUGUGUGUAUUUUUAAAUGUGUUGUGUGUCUAAUCAAUCUAAUAAAUUAUCUUCACAAUUUAAUACUUUGCACAAAUAUUGAAAGAAAAAUAAAUAGGAAACAUUAAGAAAAUUAAUUUUCAACUGAAGUAAAUUAAUAUUGUCAAUUAUAGUGUCAGAAUUCUUUCUAACCUAGUUAAGCUUGACUUCAAUGCCGUCUACGCCUGAUGUAGGCGCGCACACCUCAUGCUUGCCUAUAAAGGCCGCCUGUUUGAAAGUCAAUUUUUUUUGAAAGUUAAAAUUUUCGCAUUUCAUGUAUCAAGGUUGUGAGGUACACCGACCCAAUAUGUACUAUUCUGUUUCCUGUUCUAUUUAUUUUCAGACGGAACCCUGUGAAGAUCUAACAUGGAGAUGCCGGUUUUGGUCACUUUUCUCAUAUUGCCAACGACGAGAGGUUCGAGCAAUUAUUUGCAGAAAAUCGUGCUCAGUGUGCAAAUAAUUUGGCUUAGUACUCUGUUUUACUGUAACAUUAAGCUUCAGAUUCCCCAAACUCUUAAUACUUUUCAAAUAUAUUCUAGACGGGUUCUUAUACUUUUUCAAUUAAUUGAAUCUUGUUUCAUUGUUCUCGAGGACAAUUUACACAAAACUGAACUUUGCUCUCACCCUCUAUGCGUCUCUUCUUCUUCUUAUUAUCUCUCUCAAUUGUCGAUUUACGAUAAACCACGCCAUCUCUGU